CCUGGAUCCACUGCAAGUCAUCUUGUACGUGACCCUUCGUCACAUGCCAUGACGGCCGCCCUGCCGGCCGCCCUGCCAUGGGACUACGAUGUGCGGAAGGGGCAGGAGAUGCCCCCGGGCAUUCGGCUGCUGAGGGUCACGGACAUUGCCUUUACCCAGAAGCAGGUGAACGAUUCCUUUUCUCACGAGCAGCGGCCGAUUCUGGAGCUCAUUGAAUCGGUCCUUUCAGGCGCCGCGCACCCGAGGGACAUUCCCUUGAUUCGCGUGGCGUGGCAUCAGGGGCAGUUCUGGGCGAUUGACAAUCGCCGACUCUUUUGCUACAAGCACUGUAGGCUGGAAAGGCUGCCGGUGGAGGUCAUCCGCUGGGAGGAUCAGCACGAAUUCGAAAUGAAGUGGAGGAAUGGCCAAGGUGCGCGAGGGAAUGGAGGAUAUGGAGGGCCAAUGCUGGGGCAUGGAGGCCAUCAGGCGGGUGUGGUGCAACGCUUGAAGGAUCUGCCCUUCCCCAGGAGUCCCAUCAUGCACGAAGAGGAGAGCGAAAUCUCUUUGUUCAUGGAUGAGGAUUCUCAGAGAAGACAUGACAAAGCGAGGAUGGAGAAUCUGCUGAGAUAUCGUAAGAUGGCAAGUUAUGAGGAUCAACUUGCUGGUGAUGUGGGCCGCCCCUGGAAGUACUUGGCGCGCCUGGGCGAAGAUGGGAUGCCAUGCACCUUGCUGAAGGCCAAGGUGGAUGGCCUCUUCGAAGCCUGUGUUUGGAAUGGCCGAGAGGCGAGGCGUCCGAACGAGGUCCUCCUUCAUUUGGGCCUCCACUGUGGACAAUUGGAACCGGCCGUGGGUGACUGCCGCACUGCAGAGCUGCCGCUGAUCAAAAAGGAUAUGUUGAGCCGCUUGACCUUCGUCAUGCCGCACAGGAUGCCAGCCAAGCUGCCGAAGCCCUGGUGUGCCGUUUGUGGCAAGUUGGUUUCUGAGAAGUUGAAGCAACACGAGGCGAGUCGGCACGCCUCCUGCUUUGCCUGCUCCUGCGGGAAGCGCUUCGAGUGUAGCGAGGAUCUACGGCGGCACUCGCGGAAGCAGCAACACGCGAUCCCGCAGAUGUUUCGCCCGGCCGACACCUGGCCUCCAGCAGAGAGCAGCGACUCAGACGCCGCGCCCGAACGGCCGGACCCGGCGGAGGUGUCCUCCGCGCAGCACACGGCGCGGCCGGUGCCCCGCACUGCGCCAGCACGCAGCGCCGCGGCGCCGCAACGAAGGCCGUUGCGGGCUUUGGGCAACGUGGAGGGUCCGACGUUCGUGGUGGCAGCGGGCAGCAGCUCCCGGGCGCCGGCCAACUGGCCAUGCCCCAUUUGCCAGGCAGUGGUGCUGAAGCUGCGUGAACAUGAGCGGCAAGAGCACCCUGGGUGCUACCGCUGCGCUAGCUGUGGAAAGAGCGACUUCACGUGCAGUGAAGACCUGCGGCGCCAUGCUCGGAAGAAGGGCCACGCCAUCUCACAGCACUUCGAGUGGUGAGG